AUGGUCAUUGAGGAGUUCCAGUACAGAAGAAUGCAGAGGUACAGGUUUCACUGUGUCAUCCUUCAAUAUCCUCUUUCCUGUUUUCUAUGGAAUCUGCCCAUGGUCCUGUAUAUUUUCAGUGCUAAUCCAAUGGGUGCUUCAGCCUUCCGAAUUCAGCGUAUACAAAGUACAGAUGACUGCCAAGACCACACUAUGCACUUCAGAACUACCUUUGCCCUGGCAGGAGACGCCUUGAUCCUAAAAUGCCCUCCUUUCCAAUACAAAAAUAUGGAUGCUUCUGACGUGUCCCUUAAUCUCACUUGGUAUAAAAAUGAUUCGACAAAAGUUACUCCAGUAGGGAGUGGAGAAAAAAGAAUUAUUUCUCAAGGUGAUGCUCUGUGGUUUUUACCAGCUUCUCUGCAAGACUCUGGGGAAUAUAUCUGCACUCGCAGGAAUUCCACUUACUGUGCUGACGUGUCGGUUUACCUUCGAGUGUCUGAGAUUUCUUUUGUCCAGAAAGACAUGAGAUUUCGUGAGAUUUCUUUUGUCCAGAAAGUCUUCAUACACAGCCGAGGAACUGUGGUUUGUCCUAGUCUGGGAGGUUUUGUACAAAAGGAUACCAGCUAUGAACUCCAGUGGUACAAGGAUUCUACACCACUGGAUAUAGACAAUGAAAAAUUCAUUGCUUUGAAGGGCACCAAUGAUCUCAUCAUCAGUCCUGUGACCUCAGAUGAUGCAGGCUCCUAUACCUGCCAAAUGAUCUUUGAACAUGAAACAACACAAUACAACGUUACCAGAAUGAUUUACUUAGAAACACUCGACCCAAUGAAGAAAAGCAUCCCUGUGAUUAUAUAUCCAACUCAGAGGACUACACUUGCAGCUGUUGGUUCCCAACUGAUCAUCCCAUGUAAAGUGUAUAUUGCAGCAAGCAACAAGUUUUAUACUGAUGUCUGGUGGCAGGCUAACAAUACGUACAUUGAUUUGAUUUACCCCAAUGGCAGAGUCAUAGAAGGCAUGCGUCAAGAACAUGUUGAAAACAAUGAAACUUUCAUUGAGGUGCCACUGAUUUUUGACUCUGUCAAAGAAGAAGAUUUCAAUACAGAUUUCAAGUGUGUAGCCGAGAACACACGGGGACAUCAAGUACACACAACACAGGUCAAACAAGAAGAGAUCGGUCUGUCUUGGUACUUUACAGCAAUUCCUGUUGCUUUGGCCAUUCUAAUUGUGGGAGGGGUAUACAUUCACGUAUGCUGGAAGCAACGGUCUGCAAGAGGAUAUGUAUUAACCAAACUCUAAAGAAUAAAACCUGCUAAAGCAUCAAGAAAAUGCUAACUUCUCGAUUCAGCAACAUGUUAUUUGCAGUUUGGGUCUUUUCUUACUUGAGGA